AUGGAUUCAGUUUUAUAUGAAAGAUUAUAUAAACAAUUAUGGAAAGAUGAAUUUACAUUAUCUCCUCAUUAUGUUUCAAGUUAUCAAUAAUUUAAAAAUCUUCCUAUGAAUGGCAAUAUAUAAUUGUAUGAUUUUAAUAUUUCUUUAUCAGAAAUGUCUAUUGAUGAGUAAAAUCAUUUAAUUUUAGAUUGGAUCUCUUAAAUGAAUGACCAAUAAGUAUUUAAAAGUUUAGUUCCCAUUUUCUUUGAUAUAAUUAAAAGGGGAGAAGAUUCUAAAAGUUUUGUUUCCAUUAUUAACAAGUAAAUUUAAUUUAAAAAAUUGGAUUUAUUUAAAAAUGGAUUUAAUAUGAAGGCUUUAUUUUAAAUUUUAUAUAAUAAUUCAGAUUUUGAAUUAUAAGUUAUGCUUCUAAAAUUUUAUUGCAAAUUCAACCCAAUUCCUUUACUUUACAAAAAUUUAGAUCUUGAUAAUAUAAAGCAUGAAGAUGAAGUCUAUAAGCUUAAUGAAAAAUUGUUUUAUAUAAUUCCAGAUUGUUUAACAAUUAUUAAUUUUAGUUUAACUUCAAAAUAAAAAUCUUUUGGUAAAACAAUGUUAAUCAAUACAAUUUUUUAUUAAAUGAAUAAAUUUGAAAUAUGUGAUAAGUGUGAAAUUAAUAAUUCUACUAUUGAUAUAAUGUUUGAUUAUAGUUUUAGUGGUUCUAGAUAAUUUGCAAUUGCAGAUACUCAUGGAAUCAUACCUGAAUCAAUACUAUUAAAAAUACUUCCUUUCUUUCAAAUUUGGAUUAUUUAAUUGAAUUCAGAAAAUGAAUUAUUAGAAACUUACAAAAAUUUAAAAACUUUAGUUUCAUCUUUAAAUAAUUUAUAAAAAUCUACAAAAUUUUGUUUAGUAAUUAGAAAUUCUAUAGAACCAAUAGAUAAAUUAAAAUCAAAUUAAUAAUAUGAUGAAAUAUUUAAAUUUACUUAACAACACAUUCAUUGCAUUAAGGAUUUAACCUAAUAAAAUAUUAGUUAAAAUUUUAAGGAUAAUGAAGAAGAAUAAUUUAAAAAAUUUAUUUUUGAAGUUAUAUCUUAAACAACCUUGAGCGAUAGAUUAAAUAAUUAAAAAGUCUUUUUAGAUAUUUUUAAGAAAUUUAAGAAUCAGGAUUUAGAAUUGUAAAAAUACAUAGAAAAAGAUGAAAUCAUUAUUCUAAAUCUGGAAAAAGAAAUAAAAGAAUUAAAAGAUAGACCAAAUGGAUUUUAUAACAAAGAUUCUUUUCCUAUCAGAUCUCUAGAAUAUGAAAUUUUGAAAUUAAAUGAAGAAAAAUUUAGUUUAUUUUAAUAAAACUAAAAUUAUAAUAGUUAAAAUAGAAUAACCUAAAUUCAAAAUUAAAUAACCUAAUUAGAAAAUUCUAUGAAGGAUUAACAGUAUACUAAAAUAUUAAAUUUAUUUUGUGAAAUGUUUAAUACAAAUAAUUCUUAUAUUUUAUAUCUUUCAUUUGUUGAAAAACUUAGAAUAUUUAGUGAAACUAAUUCCAAUUAGAUUUAAGAUAAAAUUUAAUAUCUUAAUGAAAAACUUUAAACUUUGAAAAAAGAAAGAAAAACUUUAAGCCAAAAAAAUGAAUAAAGUGAGUAAUAUGAGAAAGAGAUCAAUGAAUUGAAUGCAGAAAUAAAAAAAAAAAAUGAGGAACUAAAAAAUGAAUAAAAAAAAAUUUAAGAGAGAAGCAUUGGGAUAGAAUUAUUUUGGAGAGAAGUGAUAGCACUUAACACUAAAUCCAUAAAUUUAAAAAAAAAGUUAAAUACAGUUGAUAUUGUUUAUGAAUUAAUUAAAAAAGGAGAACCGUUUGAAUUUUUAGAUGGAGAUUAAUUAAAAAUAGAUCAGAAAUUCUUAUAGUAAUUAACUGAUAAAUUUUCUAAGUCAGGUUAGGAAUCUGAUAAAUAAUCUAAUUCAGGCGAGGAGAAAGUUUUGGUUUUAAGUAUAUUAGGUCCUUAAAGUUCAGGUAAAUCACUAAUUUUAAAUAAAAUAUUUGGUUGUCAUUUUUGGACAAGCGUAGGUAGAUGCACUAAAGGUAUCUAUCUAUAAUUAUUAAAAAUUCAAUAAAAGAACUAAUUUGAUAAUUAAUUUGAUUACAUUCUAAUUUUAGAUACUGAAGGAUUACAAAAUCCAAAUUAAAAAGAUCCUGAAUUUGAUAAAAAAAUUGCUUUAUUUGUGUUAUCAAUUAGUGAUAUAAUCAUAAUUAAUGUAAAAGGAGAUAUUAAUCAACAAUUUAAAAAUUUAGUAGAAAUGUGUAUUUUUACAUUAGGUUAGAUGAAAAGUGUUAUUUCAGCAAAUAAAUAAUUAAGUUGGUGUUUUAAUCAAAAUAACGACGUCAAUAAAGUUGCUCCUUUUUUGGAUUAAAUCUAAGGAAUUGCAAGUAAUUUACAUUUGGAAUUUAGCUAAAAUGAAUAAGAAAGUGAAUCCUAAAAUAUUGACUAUAAUGAAAUUUUGGAUAUAAAAAAAGAAAACAUUCAAAUUUUAGGAUUUGCAUCAACUGAACGAAGCUGGAAAAGCUCUACUGAAGGUUUAUCAUAAAACUGGAAAUAAUUAAUUAUCAAUGAAACUUUUUCUUAGGAAGCCUAUUAGUAUGGAGUAGGAAUAAUUAAAAAUUUUUUAGCCAAGAAAAAAUAGGGAAAUGAUGAAAACCCAAUAUCUAGUCUUCAUUUUUUUAUAUAAAAUAUUGAAACAAAUUGGUAAAGUAUUUGUAGGUUACCAGACUUAUUGGAAUUUACAGAAUUAAUAUAAUAUAAAUAAGAUGAAUUAAUGAAAAAUUUCUUUUUUCAAAAUUAUAAAAGUCAUAAUUUUGAUUUUAUUGAUAAUUUACCAAAUGAAAUAAAAAAAUAUCUAGAUUCACUAAAUUAAAAAGUUUUGUCAACAUUCGAAAAAUUUGAAAAUCAAAAAGUUAAUGAAGUGACUAAUGUAUUUGAUCAAAUCUAAACUUCAAUGAAUGAUUAAUUAAACAAGUUUAAAUAAGAUAAUUAAAUUUCGAAGAAAAUAUUUUAAAAAUAUAAAAAUAGAUUAGAAGAAAAAAUUUAGUGUUAGAUAGAAGACUGUAAAGUAACCAUUUAUAGCGAAGUUAAAAAUUAUGAAACUGAAUUUCAAAAAACUAAUGGUUUCAAGGAAAUUGAAAAUUUUAUUUCAGAUAUUAGUGAAAAUCAAUAAGAAAUAUAUGAAUUAUAGUAAAACGAAAACCUAAUUGAGGGAAGAUUUAAAAAUAAAUGGGAAUAAAUAAUUAAAGCCUAAAGUCAAUAAAUGUUAAACAUAUUUUAUGAAUAUUCAAAAAAGCAAUAUAUUGCUAUUACAUGUUCUUUUAAUUAAUAUAGAUUGCAAACUGAAAGGGAACAAGAAAUUUAAGAUUAUUUUAUUAAAAAUGUUAAUAAAUAUUCACCCUUCACAAAUUUAAAGCUUGAUUAGUCUAAAAUAUUUGAGAUAUAUUAAGAAGAAUUAAAAGUGCAAUAAUUUCUUCCACUUGAUGCUACAAAAACCAUUACAGUUUAUGAAGAUAUUUUUAGUUAACCAAUUAUUGAAAAGUUAAAAAAAGCAAAAGAAACAGAUCUAAUUAAUAUAAAUGAUUAUUAUAAUGUUUAAGUAGAGUACUACGUCAUAAAAAGAAAAGAAUUGGAGAUCUAUUUAACAAAUAAAAUAUUAGUUGAUUUUAAAUCCUUAUAAGCAGCAUAUCAGUAAUAAAGAGAAUAAACAUACAAUUAUAAUCAAAUUUCUCACAAUUAAUUUUUUUAGUUUUUAUUAAUAAUACAUUAAUUUAAAUUAGAAUAUGAUUAAACAUAAUAUAAUAAUUUGAUAAAAGCAAUCAAUGACAUUCCUAAAAUUUUUAAUGAAACAUGUAAAUCUUUCGAUGAAAAAGUAUUAAAAUCCUUUGUCAACCUCUAAAAAACCUUCAAAAUAUCGACUGAGAAAAUUGUACUGGAUAAUUAAGAAUAUUUUCAAUCUUUUAAUAGUUAUUAUUCCAAACUUGCCUUUGAGUGUGAAUCUAAAGUAUUAAAUAAUGCUGAUGAUUGUGAAGAAUUUCUUGAAAAAAAUACAGAUGAUAAAUUAAUAAUAUUUCAUUCAAAAAAAAUCAUUCCCAAAGAUUAAUUGAAUUUAAGUUUAGAUUACAUUACAGAUUAAAAUUGUAAAUAGUCAAAAAAUGCAUUUUCUAAUAAUUUUAUCGAAUUUUUCAGUAAAGAAAUGAUGUAGAAAAAAGGUUGGAAAAAAUUAUAUUCAUAACUUUAUGAUAUUGUAUUAAAAGAAAUGAAAUCUAAUUAUUCAAAUAUAAAUAAAGAUUAAUAAUUAGAUAGUGAUGAAGAAUUAGUUAUUUCUAAUGUUAACAGAGUAUAGUUAGUCAUGAAUGAAAUAAAACCAUAAAUUUAAUAAUUUAAUAAAUAAUUUGCACUAUUUGGGAUUACUUUGAAUGACAUAGGUGAAAGAUGCAUUUAUUAUUAUUCAAUGCUACUCAUUUGGAGAUUUUCAUGUUAUUAGAAAUAGAAGACAUUAGAAGUGAGCUCUAAAAAUUUAUAAAAUUAAAAUCAAUCGGAAUUUGAAAAAUUUAAAGCUGCUAUAUUACAGAAUAAAGUAUAAUAAAGUAAAAUUAAAGCUAAAUCUUUAUCUGAUGCAAUAUAUAAAACUUAUAUUGACAAAUUUUACUACGAAAAAAAAUAAAAUGUGUAGCAAGCACUCAAAGAAAAAAAAAACAUUAAUUGCUACCAAAUAAUAAAUGAAAAUGAUAAAAACUUAUUAGAAAAUUAUAAGGAAAAUCUGGAUGGAGAAAAAAAAAAUGAAAUCUUAAAUUAUAUUACUGAUUAAAAAAAAUUUAUAGAAAAUUAAGCAAAAGAUUACAUAAAAUAGAUACAAGAUUAGUUAAUAAAAGAUUAUCAAGAAUAACUAAGAAAUGGAUUAAAUAAUUAUCUAUUAAUGCUUCAAUCAAAUGUUGAAAAAAUUUAACAUAUUGUUUUUGAUUAGAAAAUAGAUGGAAAUAAAGUAAAUGAAUAUUUUGAAAUUUGUGAUAAUGAUUCUAGAAAUGAUCUAGAAUUUGAAUAAAUGAUGUUUAAAUUAAUAAAACCUUGCAUUUUUGGAGGAGAAGAAUAGAAUCCAAUAUUAAAUAAAAUAAAAUUUUAAUAUUAAGAAAUUUUUAAUUACAAAAAGUAUGAUAAUGUCUUCCCUAAAUUAAAUUUAACAAAUUUACAAUCAGAAUAAGAAAUUUAACAAUUAAAACCUUAUAUUAAAUAACUGUUAUUGCAUUUCAAGGAAAAUCUAGCAAAAUGCAAGAAGGAAAUAUUGAAAUUGGACUAGUUUGAUAUAUAAAGGGAGCUUGAUGAAAUCAAAUUAAAUAUGAUUGGAUGCAUAGAAUCUUGCCCUUUUUGCAAUAGAAAAUGUGAUGAACCAAAUGAUAAGGAUCACAAACAUAAAUGUAGAAAUGGACAUUAAUUACGAGGUAUAUUUAUUUUUUAUUUUAGGUAUGAAUUAUGUAUUGAUAAAAGAUAAACCUUCAUUACUUUUAUGUGAAGAAAUAAAGGAUGAUUUAAAUGAUAAAAAUAUAGGAUUAAACUAUCUCAGCAACAUGGAAAGCUAUGAAAAAAUAGAACAAAAAAUGGGAUUUUGAUUUAUUAAUAAAUUUAGAAGAUAAAAAUAAAUUAAAAAAC